AUGUUCUUCUUCCGGGUCAGCGAGGCCACGAUGGGCGACUUCGAUUUUGGUCGAAUCCGGACGGAGUGGGCGACUAGCGUUGUUGUAGAUCCAGUACCGAACAACCCGGGGAUUGAUUACCUCGUCGAACGACUCGGAAGGGAGAAGGUGAACUGGAGUACUUUUACUCCGGAACGGAUCCGUCGAGUUCUCAGCUCUCCUCCUGCUCCUCCUCCAGCUGAUCUUCCGGUUAGAUCGGCGCAAGAUUCUAGCUCUGCUUCUUCUGUUCCUCCUCUCUCAUGCAGACCGAAAAUGACCCGUCGUCAACCUCUCAGAUCCCGGACCGCAAAGAGUGCCAAAGGCGCCUCCUCAGGUGGAAGUCGAGUUCGCGCCGGUCAGUUCGUAACGGCCGUGGAGGAGGCCAUGGCUUCGAAGCCCGCGGUGGGGUCUCCUGCCCUUGCCGACCAUGUGGUUGACCAGGUCGACGCGACCGCUGAAGGAGAGAUCGUUCCUCUCCCGAGUAUGGUUCAUGUGAGCUCCGAUCGGACUCGCAGUUCGGAUCAAGGUCACUCGAGGCAGGCGCCGAAGCGAGCUCGGAGUGACGAUGGAGAGGCUCGUUCUCGCGAGGGCGGCCCGACUGCCUCGAACGGGAGCGGGGGAAAGCCACCUUUUUACUGGCUGUACGAGAACUCCAAAGGCUUCCCCGUUCAGGACGACGAGGAGGGAACAGCUCGCAUUCACCACCACUUCAAGCCCGUCGGAUGCCGGCUCCCGUCCCUGAACCAGAUGUCUGAGAAAGAGCUCUACAUCGCGACGUGCGCUACGAGCGGGAGGGCUGUGGCAGCUCGUAACAUGUUGGUGUCCCGCCUGGAGUCGAGGAUCAGAGACGCGCCUCACCAGAAAGUGCUCGAUCAGGUGAAGGAGCUCGUUACCAAGUUGACCUCCGAUCUCUCUGCGGCGAACGAGCGGGUAGCUCAUCAGGGUGAGCUCUUGAAGAAACACACCUCGCAGGAGGGCGAUCAGAUCGAACUCCAAUCCAACAUCGAUCUCCUUACGUCGUUGAUCUCCGGUGCGAUCAACCAGGAGGAAGAGCUCGCCAGGUUGAGGGGGCUCGAGGAUGAGGAGGCCGAAGCAGCCAAGGCGGCCCAAGUCUCCGAUUUCUCGAUCGGGAAGUUCAACCUUCCCGUGGUCUCGGAGGACUCGGUCGCGCGUAUGGAGAUCGACCCAUCAACGAACAUCCCGGUUGGCUUGAACCCGUUCGGGACGAAUGCCGAAGAGAAGGGAAGCAACGAGGAGGGAGAGAAGGAAGAUGAAGAGAUGACCGUCGAGGACUGA